AUGGCCUCUAGUGUGAUAGGUCUACUCUCUCGAAGAGCCUCAUUCUAUGUCUUCGGCUUCUUCAACUGGUGCUUGUUCCUGGGCUUGUUCAUCAAGAAUGGAACCUUCUUCAAGAAGGACACGGAGCAGGAUGAGCUGCAAUUUGCCAUUGAGAGAGAUCGUUUCUGGAAUUUAGCCAAAGCACCUCUACCGGGCUUCAAGCAUUACUUCUAUACCCUGCGCAGCGACCUCAAACUACACUAUAUCAGCAACCGAGCGACACCUUCGCGAGACAAUCUUGUUAUCUUCUUCCAUGGGUUCCCCGACAGCUCGAUGAUGUGGAGGCAUCUAAUGCAAGAGCCGGCUAUGCCAGUGCGAGAUGCUACACUUGUCUGCGUGGAUCUGCCAGGCUACGGCGGGAGUGACAGCUUCAAGAAGUACGACACGGAAGUCCUCGAAGCGCUCACAGAAUUCGUGGUGGCCAUGAGAGACAAAUACAUCCCGCCAGAGGCGUCUGAGGACACCAACACCUUCAUUGUUGGUCACGAUUGGGGCUGUGUGCUAGGGUUCCGCCUGGCCGCGGAAGCGUCCUCUCUCGCCGAUCGAUUCAUUCUGACCAAUGCGCCGCAUGUCGAACUCGCUUUCGCAAACAAAGACCGGAUUUUGAAUUCGGCCUCGAAGAUCUUCAAACAGUUCAAACACGCCCCAAAGCAGAACUUCGGCUGCCUGUCCAAGGCCUUCAAUGCCUUGAAACCAUUGAUGAUGCAAACCAUGUUGAUGGGCUACAUCUUCGCCUUCCACCUUCCAGCAGUGCUUGUCAAGUAUCUAGGCGUAGCCGGAAACUACUCAUUCGUCCGUGGAGCGAAUUGGUCUGGAUAUGGCAGAGGCUCAAAGGAGUACCGUGUGCAGGAGUGUAUGGCUUCGAGCUUUGGCCCCGGGCCAGAGGAGUGCAGAACAUCAACUUCCACAAUCAAUGGCACAAAUGGCGUUGAUGGAGAGAAGCAUGGAGACACUUACGGUUCGAGCGUGCUGGAACGGGCCAAAUCCCCAGGAGAAGCAUUCUGGAACAUGACAGGUUAUUACCGUGAUGGGGCAGGUUGGCGACCAUGGGCGAAGUCGCUUGAGACCAUCACUGACCUCUAUGCUCUUGAGACUUCGGCAUCCGAGUCCAGUAGUCCUGGUCGCCGUCGUUCCUCGGUCUCAAACUCUUUGUUCCUCGAUCAGUACAAGGGAAGUUUGCAUGCACCUACCUACGUUCUCUGGGGGGAGAAAGAUCAAGCUUGUUCGCGACCAAUCUGUCUGGACGGCAUUGGAGAUUACCUGGCGAAAUACAGCGAAGUCACACUCCUACCACGCAGCGGACACUGGACGCCAGUGCAGAGAGAUGCCCGACCAGCGCUCGCCACGGUCAUCGGUCUGUUUGCAGGACGGGACGCCAAGCCAUUCACCAUGGUGACACCUGAAGUUCAAAAGGUGUAUGACGGUGCAGUGCUUAUGGUGAAGAAAUGA